AUGGAGUUGGGUCUGAGUUUGGGUGACACGCCAAAGGGAUUCACUUUUCUUGUCAAGUCUCAGAAAAUUGCUGGUGAAGAAGAUAUAGGGUUUUGCAUGGCUUUAGGAAUGAAAAGUGAAGAUGAAAUCAGCGAGCGAGAAAAAAUAAACGAUGGUGAAAGAAAAGGGUCUUCAUCGGAUCUACCCAUCCAGCUUGAUCUUCUGCCGUUAUCUCCUGUUCCACGAAGUCAAACUUCAUCAAAUAAUCUUCGUUUCCCUUGGCUCACUCAAAACUUGGCUACUGAAACGGGAAAAGGGUUAGAGAGGACUUUAGGGGUGGAGGGAGCUGAAAAUGGUGCUGCACUGUCAUCUCCAAACAGCACAGUUUCAUCAUUUCAGAUGGAUUUUUCAAUUUACACAAGAGGCAAAAGAGAUGCAAACGAAGGUGAGGCAGAUAGAGGGGAUUCUUCAAGGGCAAGUGAUGAGGAAGAAAAUGGUAUGGCCAGAAAAAAACUUAGGCUCACAAAAGAACAGUCUGCUUUUCUUGAAGAGAGCUUCAAAGAACACAACACCCUCAACCCUAAACAAAAGCUUGCUCUUGCAAAGCAGUUGAAUCUCCGUCCACGCCAAGUCGAAGUAUGGUUCCAAAACAGAAGAGCUAGAACAAAGUUGAAGCAGACAGAAGUAGAUUGUGAGUAUUUAAAGAGAUGCUGCGAGAAACUGACAGAAGAAAAUAGGAGGUUGCAAAAGGAGAUUCAAGAAUUAAGAGCUUUAAAGACUUCACAACCUUUUUACAUGCAGCAACCUGCCACUACUCUGACAAUGUGCCCUUCUUGUGAGCGCGUCGCCACCUCCUCUGUUACUGCCACCGCCCCUGCCGCUAAUUCCGGACUCUCGCUCGCUAAACCUAAAUUAAUCUCAUUUUUGCAUGCCCAACAGGCUGCUUCUUGA